AUGACUCCUGUCUCACUAGAACCAAAUCAACAAUCUACAACCACUACCAUCACUACUUCAAACUCCAGCCAACUACCUUUUGGUGAAUACUUGUUCAGAAGAUUAGAACAAGUUAAAAAUGUUAAAUCAAUCUUUGGUGUCCCUGGUGAUUUCAACCUAGGUCUUUUGGAACAUUUAUACAAGACUCAACUAAAUUGGAUUGGUGGUUGUAAUGAAUUAAACUCUGGUUAUGCCGCUGACGGUUAUUCAAGAUAUACAAACUCUUUAGGUGUUCUUAUAACAACUUAUGGUGUUGGUGAAUUAUCUGCUUUGAAUGCAAUUGCUGGUGGGUUUGCUGAAUAUUCCAAAAUUUUACAUAUUGUCGGUAUCCCAAAGACUAGUGUUUUAAACAAUGAAGUUGAAAAAGCUAAACACUUACAUCAUUUAGUUCCAAAUAUUGAUUCUUUAAAAAGAUCUGAUCAUUAUGUUUAUACCAAAAUGGUUAAAGAUGUUUCUUGUAUAAGCAAAGUUUUGGAUGAUUCUAAAACUAUUGUGGAGGAUUUAGAUCAAGUUAUUCAAGCUAUUUUCAAAACUUCAAGACCUGGUUAUAUCUUUUUGCCUUUAGAUAUGGCGGAUGCUUUAGUUGAUGCUUCAAAAUUAUCACAAACCCCUGCUGAUUAUCAUUUAAUCAAAGAUAACCAUCCUCUGAAGACUGAAGAAAUUACUCAAAAAAUUUUGGAGUUGGUUUAUAAGUCUAAAAAUCCAUCAAUCUUGGCUGAUGUUUUGGUUAGCAGAUAUCAUAAUGCUACUGAAUUGUUGAGAGAAUUUGUUGAUUUAACUCAAUUCAACAAUUAUACAACUUUUAUGGGUAAAUCCAUUUUAGAUGAAACUAAUCCAAAUUUCGUUGGUGAUUAUAUUGGAUUGGAAUCAAAUAUUGGUAUUAAAGAAAAUAUGGAGGCUUCUGAUUUAAUUUUAUACUUUGGUUCCUAUAUUAAUGAAAUUAAUACCGGCCAUUAUUCAUUUGAUUUCAGUGAAGAUCAAUUAAUUUUGUUACAUCCAGAUUAUAUCAAGAUUGGUUCAGAAUUUUAUCAUGGUGUUAAUUUCGUUAAUGUCUUGAGUUCAUUAUUGAUUCAUUUAGAUUCUUCAAAAGUUCCAACUAAUCCACCAUUACAAUAUGAAAUUAAAUUAAGAUUCCCAUACUUGCCAUCAAAAGCUUCCAUUUCUCAAUCACAUAUGUUGGAAAAAUUUGAAUCAUUUGUUCAACCAAAUGAUGUUAUCGUUUGUGAGACUGGUUCAUUUAUGUUUGGUAUCCCAGAUUUGAAAUUCAAAUCAAAUGUUAAAUACAUUGCCCAAGGAUUUUAUUUGUCUAUUGGUAUGGCUUUACCUUGUUCCACUGGUGUUGGUAUUGCCAUGAAGGAUCAAAACUCUUCUUCAAGAUUGAUUUUAGUUGAAGGUGAUGGUUCUGCUCAAAUGACUAUACAAGAAAUCUCUUCAUUUGUUCAUUAUGGGUUGAAUCCAAUUAUCUUUUUAUUAAACAACAGUGGUUAUACCGUUGAAAGAAUUAUUAAAGGUGAAACAAGAGAUUACAAUGAUAUCAAACAAUGGAACUGGUCAAAAGCUUUUGAAUUCUUUGAAUUUGGUGAUGAAAAAAAUUCUGAAGUUAAAAUUGUUUCUAAUGAACAAGAAUUGACAAAAGCAUUUGCAUCAACUGAAUUAAAUCCAACAAAGUUAAGAUUUCAUGAAGUUAUACUUGAUAAGAUGGAUUGUCCUUGGAGAUUUCAUCAUAUGAAUGGCUACAGACAUCUUCCAGCUACUCAAUAA